CCGUGUCAGUGUUGAAAUUCCCGUGCGAGUACACGAGGCAUUGCAUCCUACGCAAGCAGCGGGUAGUGCGCUUAGUCUCUUCGACGAAGCUGUGAAAUCGAGAUAACCGAUUCGUAUAAGCAAGUAGAGAACACAUCGACGACGUCAUGUAUCUCCUGCCGCUGUUGUUCUCGAAUCUCCAUCUGGGACUGGACGCACCCGUCGGCUCGCUAGACCCAACUCUCGGUAGAAUGAGCCCUGUCCGACCGGAAGACUUAACCCGCAUCUACCCGACCGCCAGUUUCGACCGCGGGGUACUGGACUUUUACUACAGACCCUGGGCGGGGCAUCAGGAUGUCCUCAGUUCCACGAUGAUUGGCGACAAGGUCUUCAAGAUCACCCUAGAUGUGAAGCAGUACAAGCCGGAGGAGGUCAACGUCAAGGUGGUGGACCGUUGGGUGGUCGUCGAGGCCAAGCACGAGGCGACGGAAGACGACGGCAACGUCUUGUCCCGGCAGUUCGUCAGAAAAUAUCUGCUACCCAGUCGCGCUGAAGUGGGCCAGGUCUCUGCCACGAUAUCGAGCGACCAUCUCCUGAUAGUCACAGCGCCGAUGAAGCCGCAGGACGAGAGAGUGAUCAAGAUCGAGCAGACCGGAAAGCCGGCCGUUUCUCCUAACAGCCAGAAAGAGGCUGGCGAGUCCGAAUUGUCUGAAACGGUCCCGGCCGUCGAGAGAAAAUCGGAGGACAACAAGGUUGUUCGGGAGGAAGUGACGGCUACGCAGGCACAGGAAGCAGGACCGAAGCCCGAAAAAUGAUAGACUGAAUUACGGAAUCUUUUUUUUCCGUUCUAUUUGAUACGUAAUUUUGCACACGUAAUUUGGUUGUUUAACACUUUGCACUUACUCCUACAAAACUACGUUCCUCGCUCUGUUGGCUAUAACUAUAAUACAUUCCUUAUUGUAUUGUAGUUACAUUGUAUAGUAUAUUAUACUUUCUUUAGUGUAUAUAUAUUACCGAUUAU